AUGAACAACUUUGACAUUAGCUUCUUGGUUGUCGUGAAAAAUGGUGAAGUUAUAUCGAGAUACUACAAGAGUGAAAUAGGUCACUACGGGGCGACCGGAAGGGUUACCGGAAGACCUGGCAAGGCCAUCAAGCCAGAAGUGUUUGAGCAACUCGUGCAAGGCAUUGUGAUUCCGAAAGUAGUGCAUGUGGACGGUAACAAGGUGACCAAAGUGUCUACGAAUCUGAUAGAGGACUACGAGUGUUACUACGGCACAGCGAAGAAUGGGGACGUUCUCGUGGCGUUCACUGAGAAGGAGGUGCCUAAGAUUCUGCCGUUGCGAAUUCUAACGGAGCUCAAGGCUCUGGAUAACGACACGGACGGGAAACUGGCGCGGAACGUCGCAACUGUGAUACAGCAAUUCAAAGAAGAACUAAUGUCGUACCAUGACCCGGGGGUCGCCGAGGCAACCGAACAGGAUCUGCAGGACAUCAUCCAGGUGAUGAACGACAAUAUCGACAAGUUUCUGCAGCGACAAGAAUUGGUCUCGUCGCUUGUAGAUCGCACUUCACAGCUGAACCAGUCUAGCUACAAUUUUAAGCGGAAAGCGGUACGGAUCAAGAGGCGAAUGUGGUGGCAGAACGUGAAGCUGACGGUCACAAUCGUGGUUGUCGUGGUGAUCUUGACUGCCAUCAUUGUGGCAAUUGCACAUUUUUUGUGA